UGCACGGAUGUAAACAUUUUAAAUUUAAAUUAGUAGUAGGUAGAAAAAAUAUAAUUUAUAAAAAAAAAAAAGAAAAAUAAAAUAAAAAAAACUACUAAAAAACAGUUAAAUUUGUAUUUUUACGGCCUGAUGAUGUAAUUAUGAUAAAAACAAUAUCUUAAAUAAGUAUAGUGUUAAUUAUUGUGCUUUUAUAAAUUAAACAGAAGAAAAAAAUUAAAAAACGAUUACGGGUACAUAAGGUGAGCUCGAUAAAAGCAGUUUGACGCAACGGGAAAAUCCAUGGCUUGAAAGAGCCAAUCAAGUAGAACGAGAUUGACAUCCACAAAGCCGACGAACAAUAUAUUGUUUUUUAGACUUCAAGGGUUUCUAUUGAGUCAGAAUGAUUGGAGCAAUGCCAGCAGUGGCUGUGCGCCAUGAGCGUAGGAGACAAGAGAAAAGGUUAAAACGACCGAGCCAGCUAUAUCUCGGUGGGCAAUGGAUGCCACCUCUUCAAGGUUCUCCACCGACUCCUAGUCCACAUGGGCAAAAUAGCCAUCUUGACCCUCUUCCUGAACUUUAUCUUUGUGGCAAGAUAUCGGGAUUACACGCAGUGGUAAUUUGUUUGCUGUUGGGCGCAAUAGUAUUGGUAGUUGGUCUAGUUCAACUUGCACCCGGAGCAACGACCACAGACCACAGACUUGUACUACUGGUAGCCGGUGCAACCAUACUCCUAUUUGGAAUAAUUCUUGCUGGGGUAAGGUGUUAUGUUUUACACUGCAUGCCAUUGCCAGCAGAGUCACCGGUAGCAACACCGUUACCACCACCUAGUGCAACAGAUCAGUCGUCUGUUGCAAAAGGUACUCUCGAUUUACUUGUAGGACACGAAAAUCCACCGGAAACGGAACAAAUGAUUCACCAUCAUCAUCAUCAUCCUCAUCAUCAACAACGUCAUCAUGCUAAUCAUAAAGAAAAACGUACUUCCCAAAGUUCAGAACCUGAAAAAGCCUAA